GCGGCGCGUCAACCCUCCUCUCUGUCUUUGUUUCACGCAGCCGGGCCUUGCCCCCGAUGCGCACCGCGGAGAGAGCGUGCAGCCGAACUCGCUGAAAAGUCAUCCGCAUUUUGACAUCACCCUCUCUCAUUGUCCAGUUUUUCGCGUUCACUGGACGCCAAUGUUGUUAUGGCGCAGCCACCCGGGAGCACAGAUGAUCUACAGCCUCAAGACCUCUCCGCCUCCACCCCCCCGGCUGUGAUCGAUCUGACCAGGAAAGGCGAGGAAUUCGCCCUCGAUGCUGCGCCCCUCGAUGCCCUGCGGGCGGCGAGGAGCCCGGGCUGGUACCCAAACUCCGAGAACGGCAGCGCAGGGUUACCGUUCUCGGACACUGGCUCCUCGGACGGCGCUCUCCAAUCCGGGGGACGUAUUCAACCGGACGAUGCCUUCUCCCACACUACAGUCACCCUCUCCUACGUGAGCAGGUCUCACGUCUUCUCCGCUCAAGACCCGCUGUCUCGACGCUCGCCUCUGUAUGCCAUGCCGCCCGUCGGCAAGUUCUCCCUCCACCCUUCGUGUGACUCUGAUAAAGGGCAAGGGGAGGAGACUGGCUAUUCACCGAACCAGCAUUACUUGGAGCAGGUCGAGGGGCCGGUGGACCUCGCCGUUCGGCCAGAACUUUUGCAGUCAUUACCUCAGGCACAGGCGCGACCGGAGCGGGACGGCGGAGUGUGUCUAACACAGGAGCCUUGUGAGUUUAAUGGCGGCGUGGUUUCCAGUGAUGCGCACGCGGACAAGCAAAUACAAGAGGAAGUGGAACGCAGUCUUCCCUGGGAAAGCAGCAGGGUUUUGGAGAAUGGUCAGGGUGACAGCCGGUCGAGUUCAGGAGUAUGCACAGAAUCCUCACCGGAGAAUCUCACCCUCGCCGCAGGGGAGGAUGAGGAGAGGGGGGGCUCCGAGGUGCUCUUACUGUUGUCGAAGAAGCAGGACGCGGUGGUCGUCCUGGACAGUGUUGGUGACCUGUGUUCCCUGAGCAGGGAGUACAUCAGUCCUCUGGAGGACCCCGUCUCCCCCUCCGCUACCUCUCUGGACGAUGUGGAGGACGUGUUCAUCCUGCCGCAGGCCUCCAGCUCGCCCAGCGGCGACAACUCCUAUCUGGAGACGACAGAGGAUGUUGCGUGGGACGGCACGUGUACAAAAGGCACCAUUCAGCAAGGCUCCGGUAUCAGCGGCAGCACCCCAGGGUUGGAUUCACGCGAUGGGAAUAAGCAGCCAGUCCAUCGACGGAAGGCAGCGAUAGUGCCUUUGAUUGACUUGACAGAUGAUGUUUGUGUUUCCAGUGUUUUGGAAGACAAAACCAAGACCGUCCUUCCCCACAUGAACGGGAAUGCAAAGGCACUACAGAGAACUUUAAAAGUAAAAAAGCUGCCGAUGCGUUCCAGCAGAGGGACGCGGCUGGACGCCAUAGUUAUGAACAUAAAUUCAGGCAGGUAUAAAGUAUCAGGAUCCAUCCGCACCAGUAAGAAAGCCAGGGAUUCUGCACCAACAGCUAGUGAUUCCAACUCGGCCGCUCCUAAGAGGAAGGCAGCAGGGAAAAGGAAAAGCAGAGCGAGAACUUCUCUCUCAGUGAAAACAUUAAAACAAAAAGCAGGAACUCCAGUGAAAAGGGAUAAAACUGUUAACAUUAAUACUGACCGUUGCAAAGACUCUACCUCUGAUGCUGAAACCCUCAGUAAUUCUAAACGGUCCCAUAGCAGCACACCUCCAAAAAGUCCUCAGUUUGCCGUGCACAAGAGGUCGAGGAAAGGACCAAAGGACGUUUCGCCCCCUGGACUCCCGGCACAGACGAGCCCCGCAAAGUUGAAGCGGAAACAAUCAUCGCAGUCGAGUCCUCAGUCGGCUGUGCACAACAACUCCAAGAAGUCUCAACCUGACCCCUCGGUGGAAAUCCCCCCGCCGCCGCCGUCGAAGUCUCCAAAGAAAAGUCCGGGGAAAGCCAAAGGCAGGGCCACAGGUAGCAAAACACCUCCCACUGCGAAGGCGAAGGGGCCUCGCACUGCCAAGCGGAGGCGAAAGAAACCCACAGGCAGCCAGCCUUCGUCCAUGUUCUCCCCCAAGGAGCCGGAGAUCAAGCUGAGGUACGUCACCUACAAGGAGGAGAAGAGGGAGCCGAGGCUGGACAGCUUCUCGCCAUUCAUUCGCACCGAGCGUCGGCAGUCAACGCCGUCACUCUGUACUGUAAUCAGCUACCCGGAGCAGGUAAGGACCCAGCACAAGAAGGGCCAGCAGCAGCAGCAGCAGGCUCACUCCGGUGACUUCAUGUCUGCAGUUGUACCCAACACUUCCUGUCUGCAGCUGGGCCGGGCGUUCACACACAGCCAGCACCGGCGCGCUCUCGUCUGCUGCCUGUGCGGACAGUCGGCCAACACCAUGGACUUGGGGGACCUCCACGGCCCUUACUACCCCGAGGGGUACCGGCCGAGCGCCAAAACGCCGUCGAGCAAAUCGGGCCUCAAAGAGGACGAUUACAGCGACUCUGACUCCUCGUCUUGCAGCGGUCGGGGCAGGAGGAGGAAGUGUGCCGCUCCGCCCCCGCCCCCGCCUCCGCCUCGGUCCUUCAGGCCAGGAGCUCAGCUCAAGCAGAAGGGCCUGCUGCAGAGCCACAGGUGGAGCGGCGAGGGUAGCGGCAGCCCCGCGGCGAAGCGGCCUCGCCCGGAUGCUGGCGCCGUAGAUGCGCAGGACUGGUACAGCCCCCCCGUGCUGCCUCUGGAGCCCUGCGAGUACUGGCUCCACGAAGACUGCGGCAUCUGGUCUGCAGGCGUGUUCCUGGUGAAGGGCAAAAUCUACGGACUGGAGGAGGCGGUCAAGGCAGCACAAGAGAUGCAGUGCUCAGCGUGCCGGGAUCCGGGCGCCUCACUGGGCUGCGUCUUCAAAGGUUGUCCCAACAAGUACCACUACAGAUGUGCCCUGGAGUCGGCAGACUGUGUACUCGUCGAAGAGAACUUCUCCAUGAAGUGUAAAAAGCACAAGGACAAGACCUUCAGGGGCCCCCCGGGGAACAGAUGGGACGACAGGUGACGAAGUUCGUGAAAACCUCGUGAGACAUUCACCCGCAGCCUCCUGCAGUUGCUCCUCCCCUUCUGCUGGUAACCAUGGCGACAGUGGAUCAGUGUUCUUCUGACUGACAGCUAGCACCCAUAAACCUUAACUUCAUCCCAACUCCUGCUCUUUAGUCCCCCCCCCCCCACACACACACACACUGACUGGAGGAGCACAGUCCUACGGGCCGAGGGAAGACACAAAAAAAAUCCUCUCACUUUACUUAAAGUGACAUGCUGAAUUUGUCAGUUGUGUAGUAAUUUAUAAGGAUUUUUUUCCUGGAUUAGAUAUGAAUAAUAAUCAGAUAUUUAAUUUUUUUAAUGAGAUUUUCUAAGUAUGAUUAUAUUUUGUUUAUUUAUUCCUGAAGUUGUUUUUUUUAUUGGCUUCUUCAGCGGAAGAGGUUUGAUUGUGUUUGGGUUUUUUUGGGGUUUUUUUGUCUUUAAGUUAUUGGUGAAGUAGUUCAAUGUUGAAAUAUCAAAGCCAGUCAAGGAGACGCCGGUAUUCGUAAGAGACAGGCGAGUAAAUGACCCCCCGCAGAACAACGGUACCCAAUUGGACGGAACCCACAGGUUCCAUAUUUAAACAGCUCACACGUAGCAUUACGUUUAUUUUUGCAGAGACCGGUGCAGAAGGCAGGUGGGAGCUCGCUCUGAUGACGCUCGGCAACGGUGUAUGUUUGAAUGUAUUCUCCUCGCGUGAGGGUUUUUUUGCAGGAUGCACUUUGGAAGUGGCACUGAACGCACGCAGCCCUCUCCUCCGGCUGCAGUAUUGUGAGGUUCACAGGUCCAUUAUGUGAACUUAAAAAGAAACAAAUCCAUAUCUCACAUCGCCCUGACAGCUUUAAGGGAUGUAACUUACGGUAGAGGUGAUGAUAAUGCACAGAAACUGAAAGAAUAGAACAGUCAACCUGGAGUGAUCAUUUGAAUAAUUUAAAGCAGAUUUGAUGAAAUCCAAUUUUACGAUUGUAGACGGAGAAAUGUUUCUCAUUUUCCCUUUCAUCCAUUCGUUACUCCCAGUUGUUGCGACGCCGUUUCAAAUAAACUGUCCAUCAACUUUUUUUUUCUUCCAAUUCACAUCAUCAAAUCCAUUAUUUUAAGCAUUUUCAUCGCUUGAUUAAUCCUGAGUAAUUAAUUAACGAUUGUCCCUGUACCCCAAUCGUGUGUAUUUUCAUCCCCCUUUUUUUAAUCUGUUAAUUGUUGUUAGUUUCACCCCUCAACGACCGCACGUGAAUUUGAUUUGAGGGUUUCAAUGUGCCCGUGUUGUGUUGAUCUGCAUGGUCCUGACAUCUCAAGUUGUCUUAAUAAUCCAAUUUCAAUCCACUUAAUUUUGAGCCCUGUUUAGGGGACAAAUGAAUUCUUCUUCCGAACCGGGAUGGGGCUGCGUUCAAUGCCACUCAUCUGCUGUUUACCUGGAUUUGUCCUCUUGUCCGAGCUCGCAUCAUUUCUUUCAGUCUUCAGUUUUCCCGUUGCUGUUGAGUGAACCCCAACAAAGCCUGUUUGGACUCAACAGGACCACCAGUGUCCCUAAGGGUUAAAAAAAAAAAAAGGAUGUCACACUCAUUUCUACGCUAACAUUGAGAAUCCUUGGUUUACAUCAAUGAUAAUUUCCGCAGCGGUGGGCCACGCUAGAAUUAAGAUUUCUGGUCCGAUGUAGUGCGAUCUUUAUUUCCCAUUACCACCAGAACCUUUCUGCAAAAAGCCUUAUCAGAUGUUCAAGAGGUAUAUUUUUUCCCCUAUUCACACUAGCGUGCGGUGCAAAGACAAAUCGGUGGCUGUACGUCACCUUCCUUCGCACAUCCUGAUGACUGAAGGCAGCUUUCAAUCACUUUUUUUGGCUGCAGACUUUGUUAUUAAUGCCAAGGGCUGGCCAAUUCCUAAUGAGCCCUCCGAGCACACAGCCACACGCCGCCUCCGUGGAGACUGAGGGGAGCUCCAGGUGUAUCAGAACCUGGAGAUAAGGCCUCUGGCUGGUUCAUGUGAUCAGUGUUGGUGCAGAGCCUCCGUGUACUUUUCAAUACAGCCAUUAGGGGCAGCAUUGUGCAGUCUGAGACCAUAGUGUAAGAAAUGUUAAGCCAUGGUUCACUGUUGACCGAUGCCCACACAGAGGCAGCUGCAGGCCUUCUGUCCCACCAGCAAUAGGACACAACACACAGCCACACCCAGGCCUCCCGAUCCUAUCCUAGGACGCAUGUCUUUUUCUUUUGUGCCGUCCAAAAUAUUCUGUUUACUUGAUAUUUGGUUGCAGUAAAUUACCUUCUUUCUUUCUUUUUAAAAGAGCAGGUGUGUCAGAGAGCCUGGAAACUUCUCUGCAGUUCAUUUUUUAAAUUUUUGUUGUUCCAAGCAGUUUGCGUUGUACAAAAAUACAGCUUUUGGAGUUUGUUUUAUUCCUGCUAAAGUGUUUGGAUUUGUCCGUGUGUUAAUCUCAGGGCUGAUUGUCAGAUAUUCUCACCAUUUUCAUUUUUAUGAUUUUUCUUUUUCUGUUUCCUCUGAGUUAACCCAACAUUGACUGGAGCAAUGAAACAUGUAGCAGGUUGAGAUGCAAACCUUUCUGUCCUGGCUCACACUACCCGUCACAUUCCAACACCUCCCAUGUGUCUGUCAGUGCUGCUGCGUUUUCAGGAUUCAAACCUUUGGACUGGGACCGCCAACUCCUGUUACUCUUUUUUUUUUUUUUUAGUUUUUUUUACUUCAUGACAACUUUUUGUACUGUCUGGUUCACCUCUCGGAGAGGUCGUGUAAUUGUCGAAAAUAAAUAUUUUGUUCAAUGUG